UGUCACCUCUCCACACUAGAAAAAAAAUGGAUGUCCUCUAUACCAUCUUCACCUGUAUAGGAACUCUCUGUGUCAUUUCUUUCACUUCCUUCUUAGUUUUAAUACUAAGGAUCUAUGCUGGCAAGUCAAUCAGAAACCCCAAAUCUGCACCAGUGAUAGGAACUGUGUUUCACCAACUCUUCUACUUCAAAAGACUUUAUGAUUAUCAAACAGAAGUCGCCAAGAAACUUCCUACCUCCCGAUUUCUAGCUCCGGACGAGAGUAUAAUAUGCACCACUGACUCAAGAAAUGUUGAGCACAUUCUUAAGACAAAGUUUGGCAAGUAUUCUAAAGGCAAGCGUAAUGAAGAGAUAAUAAUGGAUUUGUUUGGAAAAGGGAUUUUUGCUGUGGAUGGUGAGAAAUGGAAGCAGCAGAGAAAGCUUGCAAGUCUGGAGUUCUCAGCUAGGGUCUUGAGAGACUUUAGUUGCACUGUUUUCAGAAAAAGAGCAGACAAAUUGGUCAGAAAAGUUUUUCAGUUCCAUAUCUCCAACCAAGUUUUUGAUAUUCAAGAACUGCUAAUGAGAUGUUCCCUGGAUUCAAUAUUCAAAGUUGGCUUUGGAGUUGAUCUGAACUUCCUGGAUGGAUCAGGAGAAGAUGAUGACAGUUUCAUCAAGGCCUUUGAUGAUUCUAAUGAAUUGAUAUAUUGGCGUUACGUUGAUCCCUUUUGGAAGCUUAAGAGAUACUUCAAUAUCGGCUCUGAAGCUCUCCUGAAAAAGAACAUCAAAUUCAUCCAUGAAUUUGUUGAUGAACUGAUUCGAUCAAGGCGCAAACAGCUAGAAGUGAAACAAGAUUCUAUUGAUAAGGAGGAUAUACUGUCAAGGUUUCUGGAAGAGAGCAAAAAGGAUCCAGAGAAAAUGACUGAUCAGUAUCUCAGAGACAUAAUACUGAAUUUUAUGCUUGCUGGCAAAGACAGUACUGCUAAUACUCUUUCAUGGUUCUUUUACAUGCUUUGCAAGAACCCCUUAAUACAAGAAAAGGUUGUUGAGGAAAUAACGGAAGUUAUUGGUAAUAACGUGAAGGAUAAGGAACAUUUGGAAGAUUUUGUAGCAAGUAUUACAGAAGAAGCCCUUGAGAAAAUGCAUUAUCUUCAUGCAGCAUUGACAGAAACCUUGAGGCUAUAUCCUGCAGUCCCAGUGGAUGGCAGAUGUGCAGAUGCAGAUGAUAUCCUUCCUGAUGGAUUUCACAUCAGAAAGGGAGAUGAAGUCAAUUAUGUGUCCUAUGCAAUGGGGAGAAUGCCUUAUAUUUGGGGGAAUGAUGCUGAAGAUUUCCGACCUGAAAGAUGGUUGAAAGAUGGGAUUUUCCAGCCAGAGUCACCAUUCAAAUUCAUAGCAUUUCAUGCUGGUCCACGAAUAUGUCUAGGCAAAGAUUUUGCUUACAAGCAAAUGAAGAUUUUAGCAAUGGCUCUUCUUCAUUUCUUCAGGUUCAAGUUAUCCGAUGAGACGAAAGUAGUAACCUACAGAACCAUGUUUACACUCCAUAUCAAUGAAGGGCUUCCAGUUCAUGCAGUUCCAAGAAGAGGAUUAGUAGGAGGCUGAAAUGCAGAAAGCACUGUGAAUGUCAUCUUUGAACCUAAUAUACAGAAGUCAUGAUUAUCCAGUUUUGACAUUUGAACUAUUAGUUCAACUAUCCACAAAUUUGUGUCAAGAAAGUGGAUUCUAGUACUAUUUCAUCAAGUUCUUGAUUCCUUCUUAGAAGUACGAAAUGGCAUAUUAGUGGGAUGUUGCAAUCCUGAAUACCAUAUUCAAAAUGUU